AUGUCAAAGAAGCGGACACUCGACGCGUUCUUCGCACCCCCGUCUAAGCAGCGCAAGGUUGAUGAGAUUCAGAAAGAUGAGAUUCCUUCGACACACGCCACAUACCCUUUCCCAAUCCCAGACUUCCCGGCACACAUCUCCAAGGACCUUUCGUCCCUCCCAGCAGUGGAAGGCCGCGUGAUCAACGACCAACCAGAUCUGGACCUCCUCUACUUCGAGCCCUACGUGCCUACCUACCUCGCUAAAGAUGUCUUCAGCUUCCUCCGGUCUCAGUUACCCUUCUACCGUGUAAAGUAUACCAUCAAGCGCGGCAGCACGGAGACCAAUAUCAACACCCCACGGUACACCACCGUCUUCGGCCUAGAUGAGACUUCGCGCUUCUCGGAAGAAGGCGGCGGCAAGACAGCCAUUGUUGACGCCGAGACGGGACGCAAGGUCGCUGCGAGCGCGUAUGCCAGAUACGCGCCACGCCCCAUCCCAAAGUGUCUGGAUGACUUGCGGAGGUCGGCCGAGGCGGCAACGGGGGGCUGCAAGUUCAACUUUUGCUUGGUCAACUACUACUCGUCUGGGGCAGACAGUAUAUCGUAUCAUAGCGAUGAUGAGAGGUUCCUGGGUCCGGAGCCGGCCAUCGCCUCGUUCUCGUUUGGGGCGAGGCGGGAUUUUCUGAUGAAGCACAAGCCCGCUGUCGUGGGUGGGCAACAGCAGCAGGAGGUGGAAUUGCCUGAGGCGAAGCCGCUGAAGCUGCCUCUGGGGAGUGGAGAUAUGGUCCUCAUGAGAGGGAAGACCCAGUCGUGCUGGCUCCAUGCAAUUCCCAAGAGGUCUGGCAAGAAUGACCCCGGUGGGAGGAUCAAUAUCACUUUUCGACGGGCCAUGGUAAAGGGUGGAACUGACAACUAUUAUAAUUAUAAUCUUGGCACAGGCCCAGUGUAUAAGUGGAACGAGAACGCUCGUGAGAUGCAAAUCUGGAAGUCUUGA